GUGAGACGUUAAAUGUUAAACGCAAAUAAAACCUCGGAUUAUUUUGGGUAACUCGACGAUUUUACAUUGUCGAGAAGACAAACUAAACCCGCGUGUUUUAAGGAGUAAUGUCCAACGUAACUAGCGGUUAUUUUGACGUUAAUACAACGUACUAACCGUAACUCUACGGGUCUUUUGUGGACACAGCUGACCGACGUUACGUUAGCAUAUUCUGCCUCGAGAUUAGCCGAAACUGCCGUUUUACUUCGACUGACUGACGGGGAAACUACAAGUGGAGUUUCCACCGUCAUGUACCCCGCAAUGGCGGAAAAGAAUCCGGAUCACAGUGGGACCGGUGUCUUCUACCAGGCAAUACCUGCUGUCGGCGCUGAUGGGAGAAACAUCAUGAAACUGAUUCCUGUGAAAAUAAUCAACGGAGACUUUUUCAAUGCUCAAAUAAGCCGGUUGAACACCAUCAUCGCACCACCGAAAGCUUUAACCGUCAAUAUUGCCUCCGGACCGGCUGCCAUGGGGCAAAAGGCGUCUUCGAACCCUUCUGCAACUGAGCAAAUUGUCCAGAGGCAGGUUCCCCUCAUGAAUGCCACCACUUAUCAAGUCGGUUCAGAUCUUGGUUUAUCACUCAACAAGAAUCCACUCCAGCAACUACAACAGAGUGUGAAUUUAUUAGCAAUUGUGCCUCCAAUGGCACCAGUAGCAAAGAGUGGAAACCCAGUAAGACCUCCAGUCACAGUGCAAUCUCCAGUUCCCCCCGGAAUACAGUGCUUUCAGAUUCCCCCUCAGGCACAGGUCCGAACCGUCCCAGCAUCCGAUCUGUUGGCGGUGAACAAGAAACAGACUUUUACUCCAUCGGCCAAGUUGCUUUGCAGGACAUCGAAAGCGACGUCACGUGGACUUCCAUCAAAAGGAUCAGAACCACAUUUUAAUUUGGUCCCAAGUGUUCCACAAAGGCCCAACAGCCCCAUAAAGUGGUCCGUUGAAGAGGAAGACAACUCGGCGGUUCCAGCUCUUAAUCAGAGUGAUUCUUCGGUUAGUUCGGAUAUUCUUCGACUUCUCUCGGGAAGAGAACGCACCGCCCCUCCCCGUGUGACCGUGAGAAAACCCGGUCCGGCUCCCGAGCCGACGCGUCCCUCCGUCGCUUCGGAGCGUCUUCGAGACGCGACCGAGAGAGAAAACACCGGGAAGCUCUGUGAGGUCAUUAUUAAAUCUGUUACCGGGUCCGGUCAGGGCACGAGUGGCGAAAAACCGGGCAACCCCAUGUUCAUGUGGAACGGGAACCAACUGCAACAGAAUGUACGUGUCAUGGCCCUAGUACCUCUGGCGUCAACGCCUGUAGCAAACAGUGGAAAGUCCGGAAGACCUCCAAGCGAUCUCCAAGUCAGAGCGACCUCUCAAGCACUCCCGAGAGGUCUUCAGAUUCUCCCUGGAGCGCAAGUCCGAAAAGUCCAAGCAUCUCAUCUACCUCCGGGUAUCAAGAAACAGACUUUUCCUCCCACAGUCAACUCCUUACCAAGUUCUGGCUUACCCAGUUCUGGUUUACCCAGUUCUGGCUUACCCAGUUCUGGUUUACCCAGUUCUGGCUUACACAGUUCUGGCUUACCAAGUUCUGGCUUACUCAGUUCUGGCUUACCCAGUUCUGGCUUACCCAGUUCUGGUUUACCCAGUUCUGGUUUACCCAGUUCUGGCUUACACAGUUCUGGCUUACCCAGUUCUGGCUUACACAGUUCUGGUUUACACAGUUCUGGCUUACCACGGUCUGGCUUACACAGUUCUGGUUUACCCAGUUCUGGUUUACCCAGUUCUGGCUUACCAAGUUCUGGUUUACCCAGUUCUGGCUUACUCAGUUCUGGUUUACCCAAUUCUGGCUUACCCAGUUCUGGUUUACCCAGUUCUGGCUUACCACGGUCUGUCUUACCCAGUUCUGGUUUACCCAGUUCUGGCUUACCCAGUUCUGGCUUACCACGGUCUGUCUUACCCAGUUCUGGCAUACCCAGUUCUGGCUUACGACGGUCUGUCUUACCAAGUUCUGGCUCACCAAGUUCAGGCUUACCUGGCUUACCUGCGACGCCUCGCUUGACAAGUGUCAAGCGAGGCGUCGCUCCACUAUGUGAUUCGACCGUCGACAUGCUCAAGUUACUUCAUAACACGUCUACCUCGUAUAGACUUCCAUUCAAUGGAUCGGAAUCGCAUUUAAAAUUAGUUCCAAAUGUUCCACAAAGGCCCGACAGCCCCAUAAAGUGGUCGGUUGAGGACGACGUUGCGACGGCGCCGUCCCCCGAAGCCAUCGACACUUCUGUUUCUUUAGAGAUUCUUCGAGUCGCCUGCGUGAGGGAAAAUGGCGAGAAGCACCGCGACGUCUUAAGGAACUCGGCGUCCGGGUCGAGCCGGGGCAAGGGGGGGCAACAAGGAGAGGAAAACCCCUCGGUCAUGUGGAACGGGAAGCUUUUUGUUUUCUCCAAAAAUUGCAGCCCGCCGGAUAAAACUGGGAAAAGCGACGCGGCGAGAAAAAGUCACGAAUUCGACCAACCCGUCGCGGCUUCGACGCCGCAACCGCUCUGGUCGGUCGGGCCUCGGAGAAAUAGAAACCUCGGCCUUCUCGAUCCGAGCCGGGCGCACAAAGUGAUCGACCUCUGCGGCGACGACGACGCUCCGGACGACUCGUCUCAACGAGCGGACGAAGACACCGUCAUAUUUGUGUCGUAUACUCCGCCCGCGCCCGAAGCUCAGGAUUCGAUGCCGAAGACGCGGUCGACGCACGGGGAGGAAGCUGACCCGGCGGGCGCCGCGAGCGAUGUGCCGGAACACGAGAGUCCGGAUGAGACGCGUGGCGUCGUCGAAGGAGGACGACUCGGCCGGGACGUACCGGUCAACGCGGUCGAGAGUCCAACGCGUGUCAACGUUCCGGAAGUGGUGACCGUGCGUGAUGAUGACGAUGGUGGUGAUGAUGGUCGCUCCGCCACUAACGGCCAACAGAACACCUCCACCCAACAGGUGGAGGGCGUGGAAGUUGACUCCAGCAGCAAUGGGAUAUGCUUUGGACUAACGGAGCGCACCUACAUCGUGGAGAGCUCUGUGACCAGUCGGACGUCUUCGCCGGCGCCAGAGUCCCGUCAGCGGUCCGACGAUGCGCUGAGACGGAUAUUUGGGAUAACGGCCGACGUGAGAAUCGACCUGCUGAGGACGGACGCGGCCUCGGCCGGGUCGCUCCCCGCAGACCCUCCGCAGAGCGACCGCGGCGAGUCGGCGGCGGAUCGUCGGGAAACAUCGAGCGGAUUAAAGGACGGAGAACUUUUUACGCGGCCAGAAACCGAACGCUGCGACGGGCCCGUCGACGCCAAGAAGGCGAAAGUGCAAGCUCAACAGGAACCGUCCCGAGACUCCGCCUCCUCUCGAGGUCUUCCCGUGUGUUCACAUUUCCACGUGAACGCGACCCCUUCUCCGUGCGGCGACGUGGAAACGGUUUCCGCGGCGGGCUACGGCGAGCCCAUCGACGAGGACUUCCACAACGCGGAGGAGGAAGACUUCCCCGGCCGCCCUCGGACGUGCGCGGAGCUCAACGCGAACGCGGGGAGAGCGGGAAGGAAGAGGAAGCGCCCGACGUGUCCGUGCUGCGUGCCGGGCGCUCCGGAUCCCGCGGCGCCGAGGCCCGCCGAAGAGCCGGAGAAGCCGGAGUGGACGGGCAAGAAAGGGGGAAGGGCGAAGGCCUCGGGUAAAGACGCCAAGACGUCCGGCAGUCCGACGGCCAAGAGCAAACACGGCUGCAGGACGUCCGAGGAUCCGUCCGGCGCCGGCGGCGUUGUUCCCGCGGCGCCGUCCGCCGACUCCGACGAACUCAAGCUGCACGAGCAGAUCUCGAGACUCAAGGAGCUUCUGCAACAGAAGGAAGCGGCUCUGGAGCUGAUGAGGACCGGCAGAGCCGAGGCGAGCCCGCCCGCCCCCCACGCUCCCUGAACACUUUCGUGACUCGUGUAUAUUUAGUGACGGUCGACACUGUGCGGAUUUAGCUAUUUUCUAUUUUUAAUCUUUUGUGAUAAUUAGACAUUUUUGUUUGAAUGUAAUAUUUAUGAAUACUAAUACAAUAUUUAUAGGGACUGGUAUGAAUAUAAUUUUGAUUUCAGAGAAGUGUAUUCAGAAAAGAGUUCAGAUUAAAGAAUAUACAUUUUUAAAAGUGCGCUAAAAGAAACCAUACUAAAGUCAAAAUCAGAAUCAGAAUCAGAAACAGUUUUAUUGCCAGGAAUGUUUACACAAAAGAUGAUAGCAGUAGUGAGUAAUAUUAUUCUACUUUGGAUGUCUAGUUUGUUUCAUAAUUCAAGGGAUGGUUCUUCAACUGAAAAUAAAGAGAAGAUAUCAUUUAAUUUAGUUUUGGGGGAUUAUAAAAAGAUAAUUUCUCUUAAUAUUUAUAGAUAUAUAUAGUAUAAAUCUGUAUAUUAUAUAUACGUGUGUGUGACACCAGAUCAGACGCUCUCAUUGCAUGGGCUCUACCUCCAGUUGUGGAGCCACAGGCCCCGAUGUUUAAAAAAUAUAUAAUAUGACCUUGUUUUUCUACAGAUAUAUUACUUUUUAAUUUCUUAUUUCAACAAAUUCACUUCAAAACAGUACUAAGUUAUUUAAAUAUGUUCUCUUGUAUGUUUUCAAUUUGUUUCUUACUGCCAUCUUGUUCAUACUGUAUAUAUAUACUUUGUUUUUACAAUGUAAAGUGCUUUCUAAAAUGUAUUUGUAUUAUUUGUACACGAUGGGAUUAAAAUUGACUCAACAUCACA